AUGCGUGCCACAGUUGAUCUCGUCCUAGUUUAUGAUGGUAAAGCCCAGGACAAGGAAUCGGCCCAAGAAGUCUCCAAGCAAUACGAGAACUUGGUUUCGAGGCUGAAGGCUGGAGGGCUGAAUGUUGCGGGGAAGAAAGGCGCAAGACAAGGCCAAAUACUUGUUGCGGUUCACUGCGGGGAUGUGAUUCUGAAAGAUUUGGAGAAGAGGGAGAGGGCACGGGAUUUCAAGAGCGGUGUGUCGAUCUCGGCGGAGUCCACACGGUCAAUAUCUCCGGCCCAGAGAAUCAGACUGGUGUAUGAGUAUAUAAUUACCAACGCGAAAGCUGGCGGCCUCGGCAUUGCACCUCGCACUCAGGCAUGGUCUCGCCUUGAGUCCAUCUUCGCCCUCCAUGAUCACCAGUUUAACGACAACAUGAUCAAAUCAUGGAAAGCUGAGCUAGAUAUAAGCGCCCAUCUUGAUUCCAUCAAGGACCAUUUUGGAGAGUCUAUUGCGCUGUACUUCGGCUUCCUAACAUUUUAUGCGAAAUCUCUUGUCUGGCCCACCGCCCUUGGUCUAGGCGCUUAUUUUUUUACUGGAUCUUUCGACACCACGUACAGCGUCCUACUUAUUCUUUGGGCCGUGACUUUCGUUGAAGCUUGGCGGAUCAAAGAGCGCUCGUAUGCCGUCAAGUGGGGUGUCACGCACUCAAGCCGGGUGGAAUCGCUGAGAUCGGAGUUCGAUCCCAACGACGAUAUUUGGUGGAAGAGAGAACUUAGAAUUAUCGGGUCUAUCCCGAUUAUUGGAUUGUUUGCUGUUGGACUUUCGGCCCUCAUCACGGCCAUUUUUGUUUUCGAGGCAUUCAUAUCACAACUGUAUGGUGGACCAGGACAUCGUUACAUUGCCUUCGCCCCGACAAUCAUCUUCAUACUCACCAUCCCCAAAUUUCUCUCGUUUUACCAUGUUUAUGCCAAGCGUCUCACAAACUGGGAGAAUCAUUCUACUCACAGUUCAUAUGACCGUUCGCUCACUUUGAAAACUUUCGUCCUAUCAGGAAUCGUUGCGUACCUAAACUUGACCCUGAGCGCAUUUGUAUAUGUUCCGUUCGGGACGGGUAUCAUGCAGUUCGUUCAGUCUUCGCUCACCCGCGGAGUCCCUGCACAAGAUAUCUCCACAGAGGGGUUGAAGCUUGUAGGAUGGUGGACUAUCGAUCACAAUGGCCACCAGGUCGAGUCUCUCAGAGGCGUGCGGCUGCGAGAUCAGGUGCUCGCGUUUACACUGACGGGUCAAGCGAUCAAUUUUGUCCAAGAGGUUGUCAUUCCGUUUUUAUCUCAGGGCUUCGAAGGCAUUAAGAAGGGGAGGUAUGGUGGUGGAAGGGGGAAAUACGCUGGGUUGGGUGGGAGGAAGAAACGAGUAGAAUGGGAGGACGAGAAGGAUGGGAAUGAGAAAGUGGGAAUGAAUAAGGAGGAUUGGGAGCUUGUGUAUCGGAUGAGGGAUGAGGUUGGGCUAGAGGAGUAUACCCUAUUCGAGAUGGUUACGCAGUUUGGAUAUAUCACAGUUUGGAGCACUUGCUGGCCACUCGCAUCUCUAUCUGUUCUUGCCAAUAAUUGGGUCGAGCUUCGUUCGGAUGCCUUCAAGAUCACGCGGCUCGUCCGGCGACCUAUCCCUUCUCGGACGGAAUCUAUAGGCGCCUGGCUUGAUUCAUUGUCAUUCAUCACUUGGCUUGGUGCACUAAUCAAUGCAGCGCUCGUUUACCUCUUCAAUCCGCACUUCGGAACACUGUCUUCCCAGUCACUCACUGCCAAGCACACAACAGCAUCCGAUACUGGCCUGAAUUCUGUCUUUUCUAGUGCCUCCAGCCGGAACACCAUUAUGAUCGCUGCUCUCCUCACCGCUCUCGCAUCUAGUCAUGCGUACAUAGGUCUUCGUGUAGUGGUGCGACAUGUGUUGGAAAGGGUGAUGUGGAAGGGGAGUGAAGAGGAGAAGAUACUCGAGGAUUUUAAGGUGAAGCUUAGGGAGGCUUGGUUGGAGGAGCACGGAGUCGUUACCUCUACUGGUGAUGGAGAUGAGAUGAAGGGCAUAAGCGAUAGUGAACUGUCUCCUUCGUUUUGGGAAGAUGAAGGGUUGGCCGAGAUUCAAAGCGCGGCAAAGACGGAAUGA